AUGACCAGUUCACAGGACCACUGGAAUUCGUCCCAGCAUCCGCUCGGGCCAUCCUUCAACCGCCAACAGGGUCACCCACCCGUAUUGCCACCACCUGCGAACCUCGAAGCAGGCCCGCAGACGUUCUACACCUUGCCUAACCUUCCAAGCUUGGGCAAUGGCGUUGGACACUCUCCACCAGGCCACACAUUCACCAUUCCAUCUAUCAACUCCAACGCUGAGUCUGUACAACCCCCUGCAGAGCAUGCCAGACGUCCGUCCGAGGUAUCCCACAAUGGCCAGUCACAGCCAUUGCCACCUCCAUCGACCAUAGCUGCUGAGCAACAACAGCUGCAACAACAACAGCAACAGCAACAGCAACAACAGCAAUCUCGACCACAACCACAACCACAGUCUCAAGCACAGGUUUCCGCUGUUGCCCCACCAUCUCUCCCUCAAGGUGUUCCAAAUCGCUCAACAUCUACAAGUGUCUACAGGCCGCUUAAUGUUAGAGAUGCGUUAUCCUACUUGGAGCAAGUGAAAGUGCAGUUCUUCCAACAAGCUGAUGUCUACAACAAUUUCUUGGAUAUAAUGAAAGAAUUCAAAACUCAAAGUAUUGAUACACCAGGAGUUAUUGAUCGUGUUUCUACGUUAUUCCGUGGGCAUCCAAGUUUAAUACAAGGGUUUAAUACUUUCUUGCCGCCCGGUUACAGAAUUGAGUGCUCAUUAGACCCCUCUGAUCCUAACCCGAUCCGUGUGACCACCCCUACCGGUACCACUACUAGACCAAAUAUUAAUGCAAAUUAUGAACAAAGAUGGGGCAGCGCGUCUGCACAAGGCGAAUCUCAGCAACAGCAGCAACAGCAACAGCAACAGCAACAGCAACAGCAACAGCAACAGGUUGCGCAAGAACAAAGCCAACAGCAGCAAUUUCCGCCUCAAAUUGUUCAAUUCAGGCAACAACAGCAGCUUGAAGAGCAACAGCAGCAGCAACAACAACAGCAGCAAGAUCAAAAUGGUGGACAAAUUGAAUUCAAUCAUGCAAUUUCCUACGUGAAUAAGAUAAAGACUAGAUUUGCCAACCAGCCUGAUAUCUACAAGCAAUUCUUGGAGAUCUUGCAGACCUAUCAAAGAGAACAAAAGCCUAUUGGAGAAGUAUAUGAACAGGUAACUGUAUUGUUUGCGAAUUCCCCAGACUUAUUAGAUGACUUCAAACAGUUUCUCCCAGACACUAGAACCCAAGGAUACGUUGAGGAAGGUGCUGGAUCUGCUGCUGCCGCCGCCGCUGCUGCUGCCGCUAGAAGUGCAAACGGUGCUUACUAUGGCCCAGGAAGCCAGUUGCCUCCAGUUGGUAAUUUCCAACCUCCUAUUGGCACUAAUAGUAUCAACCCAUACGGAGCUCCAGGGCAAUAUCAUCAAGGAUAUCCAAUAGUCCCAGGGAUUACAAGUGAGCAAGCAGCACAUGAGCAGCAACACCAAUUUCACCAUCACCAACAGCAACAACAACAACAGCAGCAACAGUACCAGCAGCAACAACAAUAUCAGCAACAGCAACAACAUCUUCAGCAACAACAUCUUCAACAGCAACUGCAUGCUCAACACCAAGCUCAAGAGAAUCAGCAACAUGUAAAACAACAAGAGCAGCAAGGUCUCGUUAAAGAACGUAAAUCUAUUUCUGAAACCUCCGCAUAUGAGAAUGCUAAUGUGCCGGCCGCUACUGGUAAUGCUGGCGACUAUUCCGGAAUUCUUUCAUCAGUUCAACCUGUUACUAAGAAGGCUGGAACUCCAAGUAAAGGGACCUCUGCUAUUACCAAUCCAACCUUGGUUCCUGGAGUUCCAGAACCAGUACCUCCUUCUGCAACUGCGAAGUCUUCAUCAUUACAAGAGGAAAUUGGGUUCUUUGAUAAAGUUAAGAAGGCUAUUGGAAACAAACAAACCUACAACGAAUUCUUAAAAAUUUUGAAUCUCUUUUCGCAGGAUAUUAUUGAUAAGGAAACUUUGGUUCAAAGAGUAGAAGUUUUCAUUGGUGAUGGCCACCCAGAAUUAAUCCAAUGGUUUAAAUUAUUUGUUGGAUAUGAACCUAAACCUCAACAUAUUGAAAAUAUCACGUUCAAGAAGCACCAAUUAGAAUUAUCUUUGUGCAAGGCUUAUGGUCCAUCCUAUAGACAAUUGCCAAAGUCUGAAACCUAUAUGCCAUGUUCAGGAAGAGAUGAAAUGUGUUGGGAGGUUUUGAAUGAUGAAUGGGUUGGACAUCCUACAUGGGCAUCCGAAGACUCUGGAUUCAUUGCUCACAGAAAAAAUCAAUAUGAAGAAAUCUUGUUCAAAAUUGAAGAAGAAAGGCACGAAUUCGAUUAUUAUAUGGAAAGUAACUUAAGAACCAUUCAAACAUUGGAGACAAUUGCAAAUAGAAUUGCAAAUAUGACACCUGAACAGAAAGUGUCCUUCAAGUUGCCACCAGGUUUGGGCCAUAAUUCGUCCACAAUCUAUAAGAAGGUUAUCAGGAAAAUUUAUGAUAAGGAUCGUGGAUAUGAAGUUAUUGAUGCCUUGCAUGAAAAUCCUGCUAUUGCUGUACCGAUUGUACUUAAGAGAUUGAAGCAAAAGGAUGAAGAAUGGAAGAGAUCACACAGAGAAUGGAAUAAGGUGUGGAGGGAAAUGGAACAGAAAGUUUUCUACAAGUCAUUAGACCAUUUGGGUUUAACCUUUAAACAAGCUGAUAAGAAGUUAUUAACCGCUAAGCAAUUAGUAAGCGAAAUAAGCACAGUGAAAGUUGAGCAGCAAAAUAAAAGAUUGCACCCUUUGACUCCUAAGCCACAAGAACAAUUGAAUUAUGAAUUCACUGAUAGUGAUAUCUUAGUUGAUAUAUUAAAGUUAACUGAAGUCUUCAUUAAUCGUUCCUCAAAUUAUUCUGCUAAUGAUAGAGAAAAAUUAUGCCAGUUUUUUAAGUACUUCUUAUCAUUGUUCUUUGGUAUUUCUAAUGAUACAAUAGAGAAUGGUUUAGCAAUUAGAUCAAAGGAGAGCAAGGAAUCUGAGGGUGAAGUCUCACCUGCUGAUAAGAAAAUUGAUGCUUCUAAUGGCUCAUCAAAGAAACGUAGUAGAGAUACUGAUUUGUUGAAGGAUGUUCUUAAGAAACAAUCGAAGACCAGAAAAGAUGAAGCAGUUGAGUCUCCUCAGCAAAGUGAAUCAGAUGAACAAGAAUAUUCUCAAGAAGUAGAAAAAUCUGGAGAAUUAUGGAUAAAGACCACAUCAAAGAAGUACUCUUUGAAUGGAUCUUCAUCUAACUCUUCGACAUCAUCUACUCCUUCCAGAGAUGAUGAAGAAUCAAGAAGGAGUAAGUACUAUUUGUUCUGCAAUACUACUAUUUACGUAUUCUUCCGUCAUUUAAGAACUUUAUACGAAAGACUUUAUGAAGUUAAAAGUAUGAACGAAGAGGUUGGGAAAGAAAUAAGGUCAAGAAAGGUAGUUCAAUUUGCAAAGGAUUUGAACUUGAUUUCCCAUCAAUUGGAGGAUUUAAAUAUUCAAAUUGUGGGAUCAAAGAACUGCUACCAUCAGGUUUUGGAUUUAUCGGAAAAGUUAAUUGAAGGAGAUUUAGAGCACCAGUGGUUUGAAGAGACUGUACGUCAAGGCUACAGAAACAAGGCUUACAAAAUUUACACCAUUGAUAAGGUCGUACAAUCAAUUGCAAAGCAUAUGCACUCUAUGAUUUCAGAUAGUAAAACUUCAGAUAUGAUGGUCCUUUUUGAGAAUGACCGCUCUAAGCCUCAAUCAACUGCUAAGGAUCAAAUUUUAUAUCGUAUGCAAGUUAGAUCAUUAAUGUCAAAUGACGAAAAUAUGUUUAAAAUUACCUUGGAUGAAGCCGAUAACACAGUCAAUGUGCAAUUCGUCAGCCUUGAUGAUUUAACAAUCAAUGAUCAAAAGAAUUCAGAAGAAGACUAUAAUUAUUACGUGACUAGUUACGUAAUGUCUCAUCCAACUGAAGGAAUACAAGCAUCUAAGAUCAAUAUGCCUUUCUUGAAAUCAUUCAUUGAGAGUAUUGAUGAAGAUCAAUUUGAAGGAUAUGUUAACCCAGGGUUGAAAGUAUCUAUAUGUGAAAACUCUUACAGAUUAUUCUUCGAUGCUAAUACUCAUGAUGAAUUUACUUCGAACUUUGUUUACCAAAAGCAGCCUGAAGAAAAAUCGUCUAGGUCUGAUAAAUUAACUGCCUUGAAAGCUUUAAUCAAUGAUGAUGAAGAACAUGGGUGGAAGAAGACAUUGGAUGAAGGCGAUAAUGGUGGCAGUUUGGAAGAACGUGUCAACAUUUUACUCUCUGAAGGAGCUGAAGCUUUCUUCGAGAAAACUAAGCAAGAUGAUGCUAAAAUGGCAAUUGCUGAAUCUGAAGCAAUUCAAGAAGCUACCACUGAAAUUCAAGAAGACGAUACAAUGGAAGCUGAUGAAGAGCUGAAAAAGGAUGAUGUGAAUGUGGACGAAACAGUUGACAAGAAAGACGCGACAAUCGAAUCUCAAGUUUCUCCACAAAUCGAUGAAGAAAAGACAGAAAAUCAGGACGAAGAAUCGCCUUCUAUAAGUUUUGAAGCUGAAAAUAAGCCUGCUGAUAUCGUAUCGAGCUCAAUUUCAGAAGAUAAAGUCAAGCAAGAAGGUGAGAUUGCUCCGAAAGAACAAUCUCCUGAAGCUGCAGCAGUAGCUGAAUCUGAUAUUAAAGCUGAUGUUACAGUUGACGCUGAUCAAACUGUCAUUCAAAAUCAAAACGACACUACAAUUCAACAAGAGUUCAAUGAUACUACUGAUGAAGUUACCAUCAACAAUGAUACGACUGUAUUUGAAGACGCAAAUAGUACCACCAAUCAAGCUUAA